GUUGUCAUCAUGCGCGACUACCAGCACGAGAACGUGGUGGAGAUGUACAACAGCUACCUGGUGGCCGACGAGCUCUGGGUGGUCAUGGAGUUCCUCGAAGGCGGCGCCCUCACCGACAUCGUCACCCACACCAGGAUGAACGAGGAGCAGAUCGCCGCCGUGUGUCUCGCCGUGCUCAAGGCGCUGGCCGUGCUCCACGCGCAGGGCGUCAUCCACCGCGACAUCAAGAGCGACUCCAUCCUCCUCACGCACGACGGGCGGGUGAAACUCUCCGAUUUUGGCUUCUGCGCCCAAGUGAACAAGGAGGUGCCGCGGCGGAAGUCGCUGGUGGGAACGCCGUACUGGAUGGCGCCGGAGCUCAUCUCCCGCCUGCCCUACGGACCGGAGGUGGACAUCUGGUCCCUGGGGGUGAUGGUCAUCGAGAUGGUUGACGGGGAACCGCCGUAUUUCAACGAGCCGCCGCUGAAGGCCAUGAAGAUGAUCCGGGACAACCUGCCGCCCAAGCUCAAGAACGUGCACAAGGUGUCGCCUUCGCUCAAGGGCUUCCUGGACCGCAUGCUGGUGCGGGACCCGCUACAACGGGCCGCCGCCACCGCACUGUUGAAACACCCGUUCACGGGCAAAUCGGGACCGUGGCGGGUGAAGCGGCAGCGCGUGGACCUGCGGGCGCAGGGGCUGGACGCGGCGCUGCUGGACACCCAACAGCCCCCCAUCGUCGUCAUGGACUGGUAG